UGAAGUUCUGCAGAGUUUGUUCAGAGUUGAUGGGAGGAGUAAUUAGUAGCUUGAUUUUCAGACUGAUUUAACAGGAAGAAGGUCCCAAAACAUCACCAAGACUGCUCAGCAAAAAAUGCCUUCCGACUUCCUCACCCCGUUUUUGGAGCUGGACGAUGAAUUCUACAAGAACUUUCGAACCGUGGAUUUGAUAGAUAGUGUUAUGCAUAGUGUGACGCAAAAGAAGACACAGGGAUUCAAGCGCAGACACUCAACUUGCCCCGUCACCCUGCCCAACUCCAAAUUCAACAGCGGCAGCGUGGACCAGCUCAGCGAACUUUCCGGGUGGCCUGUGCAGCCGCAGGACAGUCAGCUCUGGAGCAGGGAGAAGGAGCAGCAGCUUCCCCGGUCCUGCCUCAGUCAGAUCCCGUUCAGGGUGGACCGCUCGGUCAGCAUGAUCGAAAGCCAGGUCAGCAAUUUUGGGGGUCCUGCUCAGGUCACUCCCCCUCCUCUGGCACCCCCUCCCGGCUUGGGAUGCAGCACCAAUUCCUUGCCGUCCAAAUCGCCCACGUCCCCCGCCCCCGCCCCCACGUCUUCCCGAUACAAAACAGAGCUGUGCCGUACCUUCGAUGAGAGUGGCACUUGCAAAUACGGAACCAAGUGCCAAUUCGCACAUGGCAUGGACGAGGUUCGAGGUCUGUCUAGGCACCCCAAGUACAAAACCGAGCCCUGCCGUACCUUCCACACCAUCGGCUUCUGUCCCUAUGGCGCCCGCUGCCACUUCAUCCAUAACGAUGAGGAACAGCGCCCCGCCACAGCCACCGACACACAGCAAGCUAAAGAACGCCCGCAGCUCCGCCAGAGUAUAAGCUUCGCCGGUUUCUCAACCCGGUCCAUCUCCGGCUUCCAAAAUCUCAACAAGCCCCUAACCUUCUCGAGAGCUUCCUCUGUGUCCCCUCCACCUUCCACUGGCAGCCCCGAGUUACUCUCCCCCAUCUUUCCCGAACCCAAAGCUCUCAAGCACAGCUACACCAUCUGUGGAGAAGUCGGCAAAGAUCAGCCUGCCACCCCACGUUUUUGCGCGGUCACUGACUCCAACUGCGCACAGAGUGGGCACGACAAAAACGGGCUUCAUCCACCACCCUCAACCCACAGCCACCAUAGGACUGCCUUUACUUUCCUGGGGCUACCUCUGCUCCACAGAAGCGCCUCGGCGGACUCCCUCUCGGACCAGGAAGACUACACCAGCUCAAGCAGCCUCAGUGGCUCAGAGUCCCCGAGCUUCGAAGGCAGGCGGCUCCCCAUAUUCAGCAGGAUCUCCGUGUCAGACGACUAAAAAGAAGCAGCUUUAUACUUCUAGCAAAGCCACCACUCAAAUGCACAUUGCAUUUCUUGUUAUCAAAAGGAAACUGAAGCAGUCCUGCAGCUGUCUGCCACUGUCUGUCCCCUAGCCCCGAUUGUGUAUACUGUUGUAUACCUUUGUAGCGACUAUGGGUACUUCUAUUGUAUUAGCUUUAAACUUUUUUUAUAUAUUGGCAUACAGCAAGAAGGUGGUUCUAUUUCUGAAUUUCCCAUACCCAUUUUUUUUUUUUUGUAUUAGCUUUAAUAAUAAUAUUGUAUUUAAUAUGCUUUUUUUAACCUACCCUGUGUG